UUUACAGAGUAUCCUAUAAGUAUUAAGUACCUAUCAAACAUUAAUUAUCUAUUGAAUAUUAUUGUAAAUUAUCGAUAAAAAAAUUGGAAAUAUCUACUAUGAAAUACGUAACAAUAAUUAAUCUUCGUUCAACCGACAUUCGAGUUUCGACAAUCGACAAUCACUAAUUAUUUCAAAUUUCAACCGGAUAAAUUGAAUGCUUUAUCAAACUAUCAUAGUAUCAUGGGCCAGUAAGGUUUCACGUUUCAUUUAUUACUAUAUAUUAUAUAAUUAUCAAUAUACCUUUAUCAAGAACAGCUGUUGUGUUAUUUUAGUAUUCAUGGUUAUUAAUAGAUCGAUAUCAUUGGCUUGUGUUUACUAAUAAUAUUUAUAUCACCAACUAAGAUAUACUAGAUAGCUGGUAUAUCUUAGUUCGUGAUUUAUAUACCGGUCAAUGAUAUUUUUAGUUAGGAAGCAUGAUAUAAUAAAUAUAUCAUGGUAGGAAGCUUAUAAUUCCAUUCUUUCCAUGGUUUUACCAAAUAUAAUAUUUUAUCUUUUCUUGAAAUAGUUCUUGCAUAAUAUUCUCGCAUACGGCAUACGCAUAGUAUAGACGUAUAGUGCCAUAGUCGCAUAUUGUGAGUGAAUGACGCACCGUUUAAUGAACAAGUGUUAAUUUAAAUUGUAAUUUUAUAACGUUUUAUUAUAGGUGGCAGGUGCUUAUUAGUUACCUAUAACUUAUAUUUAAAUAUAAUAAUUAAAUUGGCAUUUGACAUUUCAAAUUUUCAACGGACCAUUAUGGAGUUGUUUGAUAAAACAAGAAUUUAUUUCAUUGCCGAAUUCAGUGAUGGUAUUCAACUUUUGCCAAGAAAGUGGGUAGGAAGAGUUAAUGGUGAAUUAAAGUGUAAAUAUCCUAACCAUAUUGAGAAGGAAAAGCAAAUGAAGUUAGCUGUCCGUCAUAUGAUCGAUCCUCAAUCUACAUGGGAUAUUGUUGAUGUUAUAAAAAUUUUAGGAUCAAGUGUUACUUAUGAGAGAGGACUAGAGAAACUGAAUCAAAUUGUACGGUACAAUUUGUCUUCCAUUACAACAUCAGAUGCAGAAAAUACUCAAAAAAAAACACGGAAAAUCAGAGCUAAAAAAACAAAAGAAAAAUAUGGUUCACCUCAUAAUAGGCUAGUGGGAAGACCAAAAAUAAAACAAUUAUUGUCAUCUCCUACAAAUAUACCACCUUAUCCUAUAUGCCAUGAAAAAACAAAACCACAAAAUUCAGAUCAUAAAAGAAAAUUGUUUCCUGAAAUAACUUCUAAUGAAGUAUCUUCUUUUGAUCAGAGUUGCUCUACAGAAGUGAAAUCAAAAAAGAAAUUAUUUAAGAAAAAUGUUGAUUGUUUCGAUUCAGAACUGUUUGUCUAUCAAAAAACUAAAUCUCAGACUAGAUUACUAACAGAUGAUGAUGAUAGUCAAGAUACAGAACUGAUUUACAGUCAAAAAGCUAAAUCUCCAACUGAAUUACUAAAAGAUGAUGAUAGUCAAGAUGCUGAACUGAUUUUCAAUAAAAAAGCUAAAUCUCCAACUGGAUUACUAAAAGAUGAUGAUAGUCAAGAUACAGAACUGAUUUUCAAUCAAAAAGCUAAAUCUCCAACUGGAUUACUAAAAGAUGAUGAUAAUAGUCAAGAUCUUAUAUUCACCCAAUAUUCUCCUCUAACUCAUGGCAGACACUCAUCAAGCUCUCCAAAUUAUUUUGAUGCAAUAAAUGAUAACAACUUUGGACCAAGGAUUAGUAAUUACAUUGUUAGUCCAUAUAAAAAUGCUGUAGCUUCAGACAAGGAGGUUAAUAAUGACCAACAGAGUGUAAGUCCUGAAAUGUUUCAUCAAUCACCAGUAUUUAAAAAACUUCCUUCAUCAACUCAAUAUAACAUUCUCAGUGGUGGAGCAACUGGGACUUCAACUAAACACAUUGAUCAAAACACUAAAUAUUUUCAAGCACUUUUGCGUGGCCAAGCUAACAUAAUUAGCAAACUUGAUGAACUUCUCGAGAGCAGAGCAACAAUGAUAAACCACCAAGAAGAAGACUCAACUUUUUCUUCAAAGUACAAAAAGUUAUUGCCAUGUGCUAAUGAAAAUCAAUUAAAAGAACUAGAAAAUGAGUUGAAAGAUAAAACUUUUGUUCGAAACCUAUGUUCUCAAUACAAUAAUUACGGCGGGCAAGAUUACACGGUACUAUUGAGAAGAAUUUUGGAACACUCUAUAACUGAUGAGUUGGGCUGCGAAAUUAAUUUCACUGGAAAAAAAAGAAAUAACACAGAUAAAAAGAAAAUUGGCUUUGUCAAACUAUACCUAUAUCAAUGUAUUUUAGAUACUGUUCAAAAAAAAUUUCCAUCCACCACUCCAGAUGCAAUAAAUAUACAAGUAACAAGCUACUUACGCCACUCAAAAGAGAGAUUAAAAAAAAAAUUGGUGUAAAAACAAAAUUGUUUUAAUAUAAUUGUUUAUUCAUUGUAUA